CUCGGAUCUGUCAAAUUUCUAUGGUAAACUGCAGCUUUUAGUGUACGUCGAAUCAUUUUUAGGAAUUGAAUUUUAAAAUACCCAAAAAGAAAUUAUACGGGCCAACCGUUCAAUUAAAAUGCUAAAUUUACAGAUAUGUUAUAUCACUGCCUGAUCCAAAACACAUAGGGAUGGCUGCAGGCACCGUGAUAUCUUCUAGUGUCAGCAGGUGGGAUGGUAUGAAACAUCAACUGGAAAUGAGCCCGUUUGAGUAGAAAUGCACUAUUAUUUUGGUUGGGUCGGGACUUCUACUCCAAAAGAUAAGAUAUGAGAUGCAUAUAUCAGAAUCUCGAGAGUGCCCAAAUACCAUCUUGACAAAAUGUGCCAAAAUGAACGAAAACAGUCACAAAAAACUCAGUAUAAAUGGCAAUUCUGACGGAACUGUCGUUAAAGUUAAGGAGGAAAAUCCAAAGAACUAUUAUGUGCCCCCUACGUCGGGCGGACGUCUGAAAUUCUUCAAAGAUGGAAAGUUUAUACUUGAACUGGAAAGAGCGAAAGAAGGAGAGAGAGUAUCAUGGGUUUCUGUACCAAGAAAAACAUACUGGCCUCCUCAAGGUGCUGCAACAACUGUUACUUGCAAGCAAGAAGGCAGUGCUUCUUUGAGCAUUUCAGACGAUAACAGCUCAAUACAGUCGUCCCCAUGGCAGAGAGAUCACUUUUGGAAGCAGACAAAUCCUCGUCGGAACAUGUCGAAGGGUAUGAGCUUCUACUAUUGGCACUCCAAGAACACACCUCGACCGCCCAGAAGCAAGAAAACAAGACGUCCCUAUUCGUUAGAACCGGAAAGGGAGACUUCAAACAGUGCUUGUGGUGAUCAAAAGACAGAAUUGAAAAAGUGCAAUAAGUUCGAGAACUAUAAAAAACGUAGGUCCUUACUCUCGGUUGUUCAAGAUCUGAUCGACAAGAAUGUGUCCAAGAGCCCCCCAAGGAUAGAAACCGUGGUCUCGCCGAGGAAGAGGUUUCUGAGGGAGAUGGAGAAGGACAAGAACAGCUUGGAAGACAGCAACUUGAAGAGGAGUAAGAACAAGAUGACAAGUAAUCAGGCGAGCUUGAGCGUGACCAUGAGCAGUCCCCUCAGAGUGAACGGCCAUUCUGAGGACAAGCCGGUGGCCUCUGUGGCGCCAUCUACCGUUGGAAAGAACUGCAGCUACAGCAUCACGUCUCUGCUGUCGGACGAUCGUGUGCCCGUCAAAAGAUCACCAAGCAACUCGCCUAGUCAUUUCGUGCCAGUCACCACCAACCAGAUGAACUACAGCAUGGCCUCUGUCAAAGCGGAGGACCUGUGGUAUUCGGAGAGUGUGGAGAGGUUCAGAUCCAUAGAGCUUUCGCACGCCGACAAAAAUUCGUUCCAUUCCUUCCCCCACCCCUCGUACAUACCUCCAUUUGUGUAUCCCUACUCGUUUCCCCCCUGUUAUGGAUAUAACAGGGGGUUUCCCCCGAUACCACAAGGCAUGUACCACCAUCCGACUGCUCAUCAUUUACCAGUGCCCAUGAUGAGGCAAGAGGCCCCCUCGUGCUCUUGGAAAACGGAGAGGAUGGAGGAGGGGGAAGUUAAGAAAGAGGACAAUAAUUUGUCAGAUAUGCCACUAAACCUGUCCAAGCAUGCUGGUUGAACGAAACUCAGUAGUGCCUUCCAAUCAUGCUGUAUAUUUUAUUUGAUUACAAGAAUACUGAUAAUAUUAUGAAAUCAUUGUAUCUAUUCGUUUAUUGUUAGGUUUUAUUUUACGAUUAGGCGUAUUAUUUAUUCAGAAAAUUUGAAAGACCUUCUUUAUGAGACAGCUUCAUCAUCCAGAUAUUUGGAGAACAAAGAUAGCUUUAACAAUAUUAUUUUUUUUUAAUAUUAUUCGGUGCAAUCCUGUGUUGCCACGCAAUUUAUUUGUAUUUAUGUAUCAUGUACAUAAUUUGAUGAAAAGAUAUCUUAGGACUUGUAAAAAUUAUUGAUACCAAUGUCUAAGUAGGUUUGGACAUUUACUUUCAAUGAACAUUUAAAUUUCUUAGUUUCCCUUAUUGACGAGAUAUAGAUAUUCUAUAUCUCCUUUUGCUACUUUGCCUGAUUGUGAAGUUGAAAAUGACUCGACAAUUUCAAAAGUAGAGAAAGAAAGCGAAUGAAAAAGAGCUCUCUAAAAGAAAAACUAUUCCAUUGUAAAAUUAUACUAUUUAUACUUGAGGUGUACAGAGAGAAACACGAAGAAAAAUACAUAAAACCCUAUAAAAUAUUUCUCCGACAAGAAUCAUGAAAGCUCAAUUUUAUACACUUUUUGUGAAAUUAUAUUGAAUUUCCAUUGGGCUAUGAUCUUCGAAGGGAAGAAUUUCUUGCGAAUGGUUGUAUUUAUUGAACAAACAUGAUAUUUCAAACCUAUUAAGAUUUUUAUAGAGAUGUUAUUUUAUCGUUAUUUAUUGUAGAAAUUGUGAAAAAUCUAAGGGAGACUAGUAGUUUCGAAUAAAAUCACAAUAUUUUGAUAAGGAUUUAUUUCGUAUUAUUUUUAAUUUAUUUCUUUCAAUCUUAAUGUUCCUUCCAUUUCUGUAAGGUGAAUAUGAUUCAGUAUGAUAUGAAAAUUUUCAUGUAAAUAAAUCCACAUAUCAUUGCUCUGUCGAAAUAUGAACUGUAUAAACUCCUAUAUUUUUGUAUCACAAAUAAAUCUUUUUUGUAACUGAUCCUA